GGUGUCCUCUGGCCGGGCGAACGACGACAACGACGACGACGCACCGUGUGCGCGCCGGUUUUUAAAAUAGCAUGCUUUGAAAAGGCGCUAGUCGUGAAAACAAAAUCGCGCUAAUUUCGAUCAAAAAAACGUCACCGAAGAAUAUUUCCCUUUUCCCGUAAAACUAGGAGGUUUUUUUUCCCCGGAUCGUAAGAGAGUUGCGCGCGCGCAGCUGACGUCACACGAGCCAGGCGUGCGAAAGAGUGAAAAGGACGGGAGAGCUGUAGUAGGGUUGUGUUUCACGUCGCGGCGGCCAUAUUGUUAAUAGUUCGUAAAAGGGAUUUUUCGUGGUGGUGUUUGAAGUGUCGUGUGUUUUUCCAUUUAUCAAAUAAGCGCAAUGUCCGAAAGGGAGGAUAACGUUUACAAGGCGAAGCUCGCGGAGCAGGCUGAGCGGUACGACGAGAUGGUCGAGGCCAUGAAGAAGGUGGCCAAGCUGGAUUUGGAGCUGACGGUCGAGGAACGCAAUCUCCUCUCGGUCGCGUACAAGAACGUGAUCGGGGCACGACGCGCCUCGUGGCGAAUCAUCUCGUCCAUCGAGCAGAAGGAGGAGAACAAGGGAACGGACGACAAACUGGAAAUGAUCCGGCAGUACCGCGGGCAAGUCGAGAAGGAGCUGCGCGACAUAUGCUCCGACAUCCUAACCGUACUCGACAAGCACUUAAUUCCGGCGGCGAACACGGGCGAGUCCAAAGUGUUCUACUACAAAAUGAAGGGCGACUACCACCGGUAUCUCGCCGAGUUCGCGACGGGCAACGAUCGCAAGGAGGCCGCCGAGCACUCGCUCGUCGCCUACAAGGCGGCCAGCGACAUCGCGAUGACCGAGCUACCGCCCACGCAUCCGAUCCGAUUGGGACUCGCGCUUAACUUCUCAGUGUUCUACUACGAGAUCCUCAACAGUCCGGACCGAGCGUGUCGGCUCGCGAAGGCGGCGUUCGACGACGCGAUCGCCGAGCUCGACACCCUCUCGGAGGAGAGCUACAAGGACAGCACGCUCAUCAUGCAGCUCCUGCGGGACAAUCUCACGCUGUGGACGAGCGACAUGCAGGGUGACGGCGGAACUGCAAAUGACGGUGUUGCUUUGGCAGGUGAGGCGGAACCAAAGGAGCAGCUGCAGGAUGUCGAGGACCAGGACGUCUCGUAACUGCGCGACGAGAGGAACGGGUCGUGUCGUAAGAACUCGAGUGUUGUGCAGUGCUGCUUGGGCAUCGCCCACGGACCUCAAAGAGGUGCAGUGUUGUAUCACUCCCAGUACAUAAUGUAUUAUUAUUAUUAUUAAUUAUUACCGACUAAUAUUAUCUAUAGCUGUAAACUUUACUUCUGUAUUUACGUGCGCAAGGAGUGCCUGGGUGAAUGUUCUUCGGGGACACAAGUUGUAGUAAUCGUUUCGGUUCAGUUUGCAUAUUCCGCUGAUAAUAAUACGGGGGCGUUUUUACAGAAUUUCCAACAAAAGAAAAUGAAAGUAUAUAUAUCACAAUUUUCGUAGGUGUCGUUUGCAUUCCUAUUCCCAGUACUUAAAAAGAAAACUGUAGAAGAAAAUUAGAGACGCUUUGUCCGAGUUCCGUUUUUAUGUAGUCUAUAUAGCAAUAAGUUCGGAAAAGCACAUUGUAUUUGCCGUCGCCAGUUUGUGUUUUAAUAAAAAAAAAAGAAAAAAUAAUCGCAGCAACUACUCUCAUUAAUUGAUGCAUUACUAUGACCAAGCUUUAGGGAGUUUUCCGAAUGGAACUUCGGCGCGCCGCCGGCAGAGGCCGCCAAAGUUUCAUUCUCCGCUCGGUUUGGCUGUUAGAGACAUAUUUUAUGUAUGUACUUUUUGCAUUUUUAUUACUCGUGCGUUUGAUUGUAAAAUGUGUAGAAUGGAUUAACAAGAAAAAGGAUUUAAUUGUAAAAUUACCAUAAAAAUUAUAAAAACUGC